ACCAACACGACGGACGUCACCUCUCCAUUAGAGACACUGGCAAUUCACAGAGCUCUCGCAGUGCAAGCGAAUACUGCCCAGUAUCCAUGCACGCGGUACCAUGGGGCAAGCAUAAAUUGUUUUAACACCUUUCCUCCUCCGACCGGCUACCUGAUCUGGAUCGAAGUAUUUAUAGAAAGUCGAGUCAGAUGUCGAAUAUGGGGAAACCAAGCCCUUGUCCAACGACUGCAUCCAGGGUUCUUUGCUUUUGGUAGUUGUGUGGCUAGAAACUCUUAACGUCUUGCGCAUACCAUUUCGAUUUACCCAUCGCAAUGUUCAAUCUACUUCAUCCGCCACCAUCACCUCCUGCUUUUCCAGGUGACCAUGUGUUACCAGAGCAGGACACGACAAUUCUUUUAAGGUUAAUCAUCCAUUGGUUAAGCCCUCUGCUAUCUGUUGGUUUCCCCAGGCCUCUUGAGAAAGAAGAUUUAUGGCAGCUACCCCAGAAACAUACUACCGGUUCGGUCACUGAUGAUGUAGAAAUCAACUUCUACUCUCGAUGUCCUCCUGAACAAAGGCCUUUUCCCCUCCGUCACAAACUUCCUAACGAUGCUGAAGUUCCUGACUCGAAGGAAUCACUGGACGACGCUGAAAAUCGUGCACCUGACGCUAAAAGGAAGUCAACUAUAAAAUACGAUUCGUCUCUAACGAAGGCACUUCAUCGAACAUUCUUUGUUCGUUUCUGGUCUGCUGGAGUAUGCAAACCAGUCGGAGACACGUUGAAGACCGCCACGCCUUUGGUGACAAAACUCCUACUGACAUGGUUGACUGAGUCGUAUGACUACUACUGUCUGACGGAUGAACAAAGAGUAUCGGGAGUAAUGGAACGUCCAAAGGGAAUCAGUAUUAUCAAGAUUACUUUUGUCCUUACGCCGACCCUUAGAGUUCGAUUCUGUAAGCGUUGAUCGGCGAGAUGCGGCGGGUCCAAGGCGAGGUCAUUUUUAGUGGCCUACGCGCCUCAGAAUGCUUGGAUCAAGAAUGCCACUGCGCGAGAGAACAUUUUGUUUGGCGAAGA